CUACACACACACACACACACAUACACAUACCAUGCACACAGAGCAGAGAAAAUGGCGGCACUAAUGAAAGCCGUGCAUAUUUCCAAAAAUGUGAAUAACAUAAUGAAACUUUUCACGAAUUUGUCUUUGACACCAAGUGUCGUCACUCCUUCUAAACAUGCAUUUCUUCGCAGCACACCAGCUUUACAUUGCGCAUUUAUACACAUUACACCGGACUAUCGUGAUUUGAUGGAAUUUUUCGACGAACCGAAAAAUUGGAGUCAAAACGAAGUGAAGGUUGGUCGAUCUUGGAGAAAGGAUGAAUUGAGAUUGAAGAGUAAUACAGAUCUUCAUAAAUUAUGGUAUGUAUUAUUGAAGGAACGUAACAUGCUUAUGACUAUGGAAGAGAUAUGCAAAAAAGAGAAUGAAAUCUUCCCAAAUCCUGAACGUUUAGACAAAGUUCAAAAUAGUAUGAAUAAUUUGGAAUCAAUUGUUCGUGAAAGAAACAGAGCAUAUCAUAUGCUCGAAACUGGCGAGACAGGAGAGCGUCCUGGAAAACUGGUUUAUAACUGCUUAGGUUUGAGAUUUUACUAUCGAAUGGGUCAAUAUAUCAUACCAAAAUUUAUGAAUCGAAAAUGGCACAAGUGGCACUUGUUUGGUUUUGGUGGACAUGGAACUCGACGAUUCUUACGAUUGUAUAGAGAGAAACUUUGGAAUCAAAAACGCAAAGAAAGAAAUCGUACCAAAAAUCGUGUUGCAAUGUUAAUAAGGAAAUUCCCGAAUCUGGAUCUUGAAGCUAUAAAAGAACAAUUUCCAGAUGUCGAUGUAGAAACAGUAAAAACUUCAAAAAAAGCAAGAGGCCAUGAUCUAUCUGAAUAAACGCAAUGUUAAUAGAAUAACGAAGUAUUGAACACAGACACACACACACAACAUUGUUAUAUUUGCAAAUAUAAAAUAUCCAUAUAUAUAAUAUUAUUGGUAAAUUUAUAUUUAUGGCAUUAUUUUUUAAAUCUUUAUUAAGAAUUUAUGUUUCAAAUCAUAUGUAUUGCUUAAUUACACAUGAUGCAGCUUUGCAUUACAAAGAGAAAUAUCUUGUUAAAAAUAAUGUUAUCUGACACAAUUAAUAGAACUAUAUGCAAUAUUAUAAAAUCAAAUUAUAAUAUCAACCUCUUAAAUUAUGUAUAACACAAUACAUACAUAAAGUAUUAAGUAAUUAAAAUUUGAAAAGAAAAUAUUCAUUGUUAUCGUAACCUAUAAAAUGAAUUUGAGAGAUAUGCUUCAUUCUUUCUUCUUUCCCCUUCUAAGAGAAAUAGUACAUUCUCAAAUAGCAAAAAGGGAUCAAAUAAAAAUUGUUUACAUGACAUCAAAUUCUUUUUAUGUAUUUUAAUUAAUUUUCUAUUUAUCAUAAUUUCCAUUGUGUACAAUGGUACAAAUUAUGUAUGAAAACUAUGCAGACAUAACAUUUAAAACAUGCUGGUUGUAAAAAAAAUUUAACUUUGCAUACUUUUCACACAAUAAGAACUAAUAUACAAAAUCGAUUUUACUUUUGCGCAGUAAAUGUUUUAACUUACUAAAUCAAUCUCACGAACUUAAUAAUAUAUAGCAGAUAUUUAUUACUUUACGGUAUAUCACAAUGAGUGCUGCAUGAAAUAAUGCAUAAAAGUAAAUAUUUAUUCACAGGAAUAUAUAGAAUGCAUCUAUUCAUGUAGCUUUGGUAACAUAAGAUUAUAACUUAAAAAUUUAAUAACAUAUAUUGUGUCCUUGUAUAUUAAUUUAUAUCACAAAUAAAAAUUAAUUCCCAUAUA